AUGAGUAUGGAUCCUUUAACACUUGAACAAGUUGGAAACUAUGCUAAUCGUUGGAAUUAUGCUGAUAAUUAUUAUGGUACAGGAUCUGAAUCCUAUUACAGAUAUCCCGGAUCUAUGAGUACAUUUCCAUUACCCAAUUGGAUGACACCUGAAUCGUCUAAAGCUGUUUCUCAAUAUAACAAUUGGCAUCAUUCAAAUGCUCAUGGGCAACCAGCACCAUUUUCUAGUACAUAUCCACAUUCACAUCAUUUUUCUAAUUUUCAAAAUUCUUAUUUUCCACCUACACCACCAAAAGAUCAAGAUUUAGAUAGUGGAAAAUUAAAUUCGAUUACUAACACUGAUUCGAGUAAACAUUCAUCAGAAUUAUUUAAUACAACAAAUAAUUCAUCAAUAAAUCUUUCAACAACAUCCUCAAAUCCUUCUUCACCCUAUUCAUCGCAGACACAACAACAUGAUAUUUCAAAUAAUUGGGCAUUAUUUAAAGAUCCACUCAAUUCCUUAUGGCCAUUAAAAUCACCUAAUAGUAAUAAAUUAUUAAAGAAAAAACCUAGUCAAGAAGGUCGAGAGUGUGUAAAUUGUGGUGCAAAAUCAACCCCACUCUGGCGACGUGAUGGUAAUGGAAAUUAUUUGUGCAAUGCUUGUGGUCUCUAUCAUAAAAUGAAUGGACACAAUCGACCACUUAUCAAACCAAAACGAAGACUAUCUACAGUGAAAAAGAGUGGUGUACAUUGUUCAAACUGUAAUACAUCGACAACAACACUUUGGAGAAGAAAUGGAAAUGGCGAAUCGGUUUGCAAUGCAUGUGGAUUAUAUUACAAAUUACACAAGGUAAAUCGGCCAAUAUCAAUGAAGAAAGAAAAUAUUCAAACGCGUAAUCGUAAACCAAAUUCAAAACGUAAAGAUAAAGAUCAAUUUCCCUAUUUAUUAAUGAAGAAUGAAGAACUUGGAAAUUAUUAUCGUCAUUAUCAUCAGUCACACUCAGCUGCACAGUAUUCAUCAUCAUCAACCAUGUCCGCUCUAAACAGUUUGCAUCCAUUGGCUGCUGCAGUAGCUGCUAAUUUUUCAACAUCAUCCUUUAUUUCACCAUCAAAACAAUAUUUAUCGAACGACAAUUAUUUAUCAACUAAUCCAUAUCUUAAAAAUACAUCAUUUCUUGGCACUUAA